AAUCCAACACUGUCGCCGGAAAAUUUCCUCCGGUCGCCGAAAAACUCUCUCUCUCUUCAACAAAUAAUUCCAUGGAGCCAAAAUUCCCCAGCAAAAGAAUAAAAAUGCCCGGGAAUUAUUCCCAUGAUCCCAUCACCGGCGCCGAUCUCUCUCUCUCUCCCAACAAAUAAUUCCAGGGAGCCAAAAUUCCCCAGCAAAAGAAUAAAAAUGCCCAUGGAUUAUUCCCAUGAUCCCAUCACCGGCGCUGAUCUCUCUCUAUCUCUCUCUCUCUCUCGUUGCAUGGCCAGGGGAUUAUUCCAUCACCGGCGCCGCCGAUAGCAAAGGUAGUAAAAGUGGCCGGCGGAAUUAUUCGGCACCGGGAAGGAACACUAUUUGUUUAAUUAAUUAAUAAUUAAAAAUUAAUAAAAUCAUCCAAUUACUAUAUUGUCCUUCAUUAAAUUGAAUUAAUCUGAGCCUUUGAAUUUAAUUGAGGUUGGAUGGCUGAGAUGCACUUAAUCACAUGACUAAGGAGACCCCACUUAAUCACCUGAUCUUGGCCCGGGAAACAUAAUAAGAUCAGUUAGAAGGGAUUCAUAAAUUAAUUUAGAGGUUAUGGGGAAAGAAAAAUGUACAAUUCAAGAAUUUGGGGAAAUGCUUAUAUAUUUACCUGACAUGCGGCUCCAAGUGCCGAACGACGCUGGGCCGGACGCGAUGAAGAAGGAAGGAGAUUUUUGAAGCGCAAUUGCUAGAUUCUUAAGAUUCUCUUCUCUAGCUAGGAAACAGAUGUCGCCUAUAAACAUACCUUCCUGACGCAUAAGCAAUCCCCGCUCACAUCUACAACUUUACCAUGAGAGCGGUGAUUGCAGCUCCACACAUUGAGAGGUGAGGAGUCGCCGAAGUGUUAGAGAGCGGAAAACAUAUUGGCGACGGUGACAGAGAUGGCGAGGGACUGAUAUAUCGGAAACUUCAGGGGUUCACUGGGUUUUAAGGGGCUAACUUUAGGGGUGGGUGUCCGGUUCGAUAAACCCCGAACCAAACCAGAAGGAAACUGAAUUAAUCUAACCAAAAUCAAAUUAUGUUAUUCGGAAGACAAAAUGCUAUAUUUCGAAAACCAGGGUCUGUCCAACCGAACAACAGAAUUUUCUCACCCUCUCACACUCACAGCCCACAACCCCAAGCCCUCUCUCUCUACCUCUGUUUUUCCCUUUGCUAGUGAAACCCUAGCCCAACCCAAACCUCACACACUUCAAUCCAUCAGCCUCCUCCCUUCCCACAAGCCACACCCAAUGUUCCCAUUUCCCAAUCAUGUCUGCCUCCACUUCAAUACAAUCUCGUCGCCGACAACCACAUGCAGACGACAGAGAGUGGAAGAGUCGCGGUGGGAGAGGAAGAACACGGUGUCGAAGGGAGCAGAGCACGUCGCGGCGGCGGAGGGAGCAGAGCGUCGAGGAUCUGGGGAUUGCAGAGUUCAGCGUCGAGGCGGCGGAGGGAGCUAAGCGGCAGAAGGUUUCUCGUGGAGGCGGUCACGGCGGUCGACGGUGAUGUUUCCUCUCGUGCUACAGUCGGCGAUUGGCUUCUGGUCGGAGUUAGAUCUCUGAUGGUCUGCGGGAGAUGGGAGAAGCAGAAACAGCGGCGAUUCUCCCCUGCCUUCUCUCUUAACGAGCUCUCCCCUUUCAACCUUCCUUCUCUUUUGCAUGCAUGCAUGCAUGGAUGUUGGUGGUUUGGAGUUCGUCGGCAUCAGAGGGAAAAAGAGAGAGAGAGAGAGAGAGGUGGAGAGAAGAUGAGUGAAUUUGCGAAUGAGAAGAUGUGAAUGAGAAAGAGAGAGAGAAGAGAUGGGGGUGGGGUGGGACAUUUAGUCUUCAUGGCGGGAGUCAACUGGACUGCUGUCAUUAUGGUAAAUAUCGGGUUGCUCAGAAAACCAAGCCAACUGGAAUAUAAUUCGGUUUGGACAAACCGAACCAAAUUAUAUUUCUGUUCGAAUUUAGUUUGAGCUAUGAGACAUUUCGGGGACCUAAUAUGCUUGAUUUCGGUUCAGUUUUGAUCGAACCAAACCGAUGUCCACCCCUAGCUAACGUCGAUUGUGACUCUGGCCACGUGGAUCUUGACCUAUGAGAGGUUUUGAUGCCUCUGGCACAGAGAAUUAUGGGGAUGUGGAGCAAAAAUCGAGGUCCUAAGGAAGUCUAUCUAGGCGGCGGCGAUGUGCAUAUGUGACUACUGUUCUCGUUCGGUCGGGAGGGUUGAGUAUGACUCAGUUGAGUUUAAUUGGUUUGGUUUAUUGAAUUUUAUAUUAAGUUUUUUAGUGAUGUGGCAUAGUGACGGUAUUGAGUUAACGGAUUUUCGGAUGGAAAUGGAAGCAAUGACCUUUUUGGUAUAUGCACAAACGUGUUUGAUUGAAAUGUGCAAAAUUAAAAUUUAGUGACCAUUUUGUAGUAAAUGUUAAGUUGUGUGACCGUUUAUAAUAAUUACCCCGAAUGAAUGAAGUCAAGUUGAGUUUUGUUUUAAUUUGGGUUUGGCUCGUUAAAAAUGAGUUAGAGUUCGACAAUUUUGACUUGUGCUUAAUCUGAACUCGAUUAGAGUUGUUCUUGUUAAUAAGCUCAAAAGGUCUGCUUGAGUUUAGCUCAUCACUUAGCUUGUGAGAUCGGCUCGAACUUGGAGAAGAAGCUACCUCUAGCAAGGGUAAACAACCAUUCCUUCAAUAGUGUAGUUGUAGAGUGGUUAUCUAGACUCUAGAUGCAAGAAAAAAGCGAGUUAAGUCAUUGAGCCGGUCAAACAAGGAAUUUGAUGUUUAUAGGUUUGAUCGGGGUCCGACCGGUAUGAGUCAUUUUAUACGUUUUCCAAAUAUAUAUACAAAUAAGGUAAUAAUUAAAAAUUAACGACUAAAAUAAAAUUUAUCUUACAUGUAUCUAUUAAAUACUUAUUUCUCACAAAAUAAAAUCUACCUAACCUUCAUGACUAAUUCACCAUCUUCCUUCCUUCUUUCCCUCUCCUCCCUCUCCUCUAUCUUCUUCUCCCUCUUUAGGGGUCAGACCGGAAAGCUUUCUAGAGCCAUUUUGAAGCACGACUUAGAUCUGAACAGGUCCAACCUGGGACCCGAUAAGGCUUAGGGGUCAGACCGGAAAGCUUUCUAGAGCCAUUUUGAAGCACGACUUAGGUCGGAACAGGUCCAACCUGGGACCCGAUAAGGCUUUGACAAUCUUAUGCAAGAAUAACCAUUUUGUAUUCCUCAGACAUGGAAAACAACAUAUUCCCUGUUUGUUCCGGAUGCAUAUACUUUUUACUUUUCAGAAUGUGCAGUUUGUUGCUUAGGAAAUGAAGUGUUUCAUGUCCCCAAUGAGCCCAAUCCUUGCCUUCAACGUCACAAUGUACUUUCUUCUUUUUUGCCUCCCCUAACAUUAUUUAACUAUUGUGAAAUAGGUGCUGUAACAAAAUGUCGAAGUGCAU